AUGGGCUGGCUGAGGAGCUGUGUGGAGCUCAACUCAUUGAGUUGGUUUGAGUGGAUGGGCUGGCUGAGGUGUGUACGGAAGCUGUGUGAAGCUGUGAAGUGGUGGGAGCUGGGUUGUGCUGGAUGUGCAGGGGAGCUGGGUCAGCUCACCCUACCAAAAGUACCAUUUGUUUUUGACAGAAACUGUUUGGACCAUGUCUGGAAGGUUAAUAAUGAUAAAAUAAAACCCCCUGAAGCUUCCUGGGGAGAAAAAAUUCAGGCAGCUCAGCUGAGCUCCCCCAGCUCCACUGUGAAUCCGGCUUUAAACAAAAGGUGA